AUGUAAAAUAAUAGAAAGCAAAAUGGUGAAGGAAAAAACUACAAAAAGAAAGGCAAAGGACAAUAAUAAUAAUAACAAUAAUAAUAAUAGUAAUAUUAACCUUAAUAGUAACAUCCUUAAUAAUAAUACUAAUAGUCGUAAUAAUCACAAAGAAAUACAAAGGGAAGAGAAUUUAGAAGAAUAAGAUAGGAAUAAAAAGAAAGAGCUAUCUUAAGAAGACAAGAAUAACAAAAACAGGAGGAAUUUUUUAAUUGGUUCUCUUAAAUCUCACAAAAUAACCACACAAUUCAUACAAUUAGUCAAUAUUUUUAAAGCGUAGACAAUCUAGAAGAAGCAUUUUCCAAACUCAGAAUUAAUGCAAAUUAAUGUUAAUCAUACAUUACUCUUAUGAGGAUUUUAGGAGAAUCAAGAUAAUAAAACUACAUAAAUAUGAUUCUUAGAAGCUAAAGCUUUAAUACUCAAAUUACAGAGAGAUGCACUCUACUUUUAAUAUAUUAGAACUCAAUAUAAUACAUGAAUUAAGAAUUGGAAAUAAUGUACAAAUUAUUUUGGACUUUAAAACUCAAUGAUUAUAUAACUCUAAAGCAAUCAAGUAUCUCUAGUUUAUACAAUCUACUCAAAAUAAUUGAAUUAUAUAACCCUUAGCUUCAAAAAUAAGUUGGAAAAAUACUGACUGAUUUUGAUAAUUUCUUAAAAUAAAUAUAUAAGACUGCUAAUGUGUUAGAAUGGAGGGAAAUACCUAUUUACCCUGUAGCCUUAGAAUUUUUCUCAUAUAAUAAGUUACCCAAUCAGUUGUUUGGUAAAUUGGAAAUUCUUCCUAAAGAAAAUAUUACUUUUGACAGAUACAUCGAUCAUCAUUUUAACCUAAUCAGAGAGGAUUACAUUUUAGAGUUAAGAAAUGCAAUUAUUAGUUUAAACGAAUCAGGAUUUGAAUUUAUAGAUAAGGAAAAAACAAGUAACAUAGGAUUAUAUUAAAAUAUUGAAUUAAUAUCAGCGGGAAUGAAUAAUAAUGACUUAAGUUGGAAGAUUUAAGUUGAGCAAUUUAAUAUGGAUGGCAGAAAGCAGAAGAAUAUUAAUUGGGAUAAAUCAAAAAAACUAUCCUCUGGGUCAUUAAUUUGUUUAACCAAUAUAGAGUGUUUUCCUUUAAUAUUUGGAGUCAUAACAAGAAGAGAUGAUAGAUAAUUUUAAUAUAAAAAAAAUGGAAAAAUACAAUUAGAAUUUAGAUUUCUUGAUCCAAAUACUUCAAUCAUGCAAUUAUUAAAUUUGUUUUCUUAAAAAACAAUACUUAUGUAAUAUGAAGGAUUGGUUGAACCAAUACUCUGCUAUUUAGAAGCUUUGAAAUAAAAAGUGAGCAUCCCUUUUUAAAAUAUUAUAAUUGAAAAUAAAAAAGAAGUAAGCUACCCCCAAUAUUUAAAUAAAAAUUAUCACUUCGAUAUUGAUCUUGUAUAUGGUAAUCAAUAUAAAGGGGUUAAAUUUAAUAUAUUUUAACAGCCAUGGCCAUAAUUAAAUACUUCCUUGGACGCAUCUUAACUAAGUGCAGUUAAAAUGAUGCUCUAGAAAGAAGUGGCUUUAAUUUAAGGGCCUCCAGGAACUGGAAAAACUUAUUGUGGAGCUCUAGCUGUAAGAUUGUUAUAUUAGAAUCUACAGAAAAAUGAUUUUCCUAUUUUAAUAGUUUGUUAUACAAAUCAUGCUUUGGAUUAAUUUCUUGAACACAUUUUAAAGUUCGUUCCAAAAGAACAUGUGGCAAGAUUGGGAGGAGCUUCCAAAAACCCUAUAUUAUAAGAAUGUCAAAUUAGGUGUAGGUAGAAAGUAGACUUUGAGUUUAGAGAAUUCAAUAAGUUGAAAAAGGAGAUAAGUGAUAUAAUUUAAAGAAUGCUAAAUUACGAUUAUAAAAUUAAGCCAUAAGACAUAUCAAAAUAUUGGAGGGAGCUAUACGAUUCCAUAUACUCAAAUUUUUUAUCGGAUAAUGAGUUAAAUGAAGAUGAUUUUUUAAUCGAGGAUUCAGAAGAAACUUUGGUGAAAUAUUGGAUUAAUUAAUAAAAACCUGAAGAAAAUACGAUAGUAAAUGGGUAUUUAAAUGGAAUGCAUAAAUACUUCAGAAUGAAACAAUUUUAUGAAGACGUUUAAUAAUUUUAAAACUUACAAAAAACUCCUGGUUUAAAUUAAUAGCAGCAUGGUGAUUCUGAUGAUGAUUUAGAUGAAUAUUUAGAUUCAGAGGACGAAGCAGUUUAUAAUAAUAAUUACAAGGAAAUGAAGUUUGAUUCUCUUGGUAUAGAUUCGGCUAUUCAAAAAUUUAAUGAAAAUCAUUAGAAUUAAAAUUUAUUGCAUUAUUAAUACUAGACCAUUGAAAAUAUCAAAGGCUAUCUAAGCUUAUAAAAUAGCAAUCCUUGGUUUUUAAGUCCUGCUGAUAUCAGGGAGAUCUUAAUUUAUCUUGAAUGCCUUAAAUAUUAGAAUGAUAGUCUUAAAUUUGGAAAUUUAUACAAAUAAUUUAUGGAGAAAUCUAGUUAAUUGAAAGAUUUAUAUGAUGAGAAUGAAAUUCAAAUAUUGAAUGGUAUGAAGAUUGUUGGUGCAACAGUCACUGGUGUAGCUAAAUAAACAAAUAAGUUAUAAAAGUUAAAUUCAAAAAUUAUGGUUAUAGAAGAGGCUGCUGAGGUAUUGGAAUCUCAUGUUGCAAGCGUUUUGACUUCAAAUUUACAACACUUAAUUCUAAUAGGAGAUCAUUAAUAAUUAAAACCUUCGAUAAAAAAUUAUUUUUUAUAAGAGAAAUUAAAAGCAAAUGUUUCAUUAUUUGAAAGAUUAUUCCUGAAUGAGAUACCAAGUGUAACUUUGACCUCAUAAAGAAGAAUGAAAUCCAAAAUUGCAGAUUUCAUACGUUUAAUAUAUGGUGACGCUUAUUAAGAUCAUUAAGAUAUUUAAAAAUAAAAUGACAUUGAAAUAGUAGGUUUAGAGAAAGAUCUAGUCUUUUUUAAUCAUAAAUGGCUUGAGGCCCAAGAUGAGAGAUCAAAAGAAAAUAAAUAAGAAGCUUAAAUGAUUUUUGAAAUGGUGCAGUACCUUUUAAAAUGUGGUUAUAAAGAAACUUAAAUUAGUGUUUUAACAUUAUAUUUGAAACAGGCCUAAGUUAUAAAAAGGAAGUUUUUUAAUGUUAAUUAACCCAAAGUCAAAGUAUAAACAGUAGAUAAUUAUUAAGGAGAAGAAAAUGACAUUGUGAUACUAUCUUUAGUGAGAAACAACAACAGAAAUAAUUUGGGAUUUAUAAAAAUAGAUAAUAGAAUUAAUGUUGCAUUAUCAAGAGCAAGAAUUGGUUUAUAUGUGUUUGGAAACUUUGAUUUUAUCUUCAAUUCUUCAGCUAUGGGUAGUACAUGGUAAAAAAUGAUACUAUUGGCUAAAGCUAAGAAUUGUUUGAAUGAUUAUAUAAACACAAAAUGUAUACCUCAUGGAAACUUGCAAACAAUUAGAUAACCAGAUGAUUGGAAUAGAAUAAAGCCAAAACUAUGUAAUAAAAAAUGUUUAAAGACUUUUGCAAAUUGUAAUCAUUUGUGUAAUAAGGAUUGUCACAUUAGUGAUUGUCAUCCAGCAUAAUCCUGUUCAUUUUUAUGUGAUCGAAUUAUCGAUUGUGGACACAAGUGUAAGUUGUACUGUCGAGAUAAAUGUAAAUGCAAUGAAAUGGUUGAUUUAAGUUUACCUUGCAAUCAUAAAAUAAGAGCACUUUGUGGAACAGAUCCUUUAAGUUAGAAAUGUCGUGAAAAACAAUAAAUCUCAUUUUCUAAAUGUAAUCACAAAGCAGAAUUUCUUUGUUUUGAAAGAGAACAAUAUAUACAUAAAUGUUAAUCAAUGUGUUAAAAGAAACUACCAUGUGGUCAUAUUUGUGAUAAAUUAUGUUCAGUUGAUUGCGGAAUUUGUGUAUAGAAAUGCCAAAAAGCACUCCCAUGUGGACAUGAGAAUAAAUGCAAAAGUUUAUGUUUUUAAGAUUGUUCACCUUGUGAAGUUCCAGUACUUACUAAUUUGAAGUGCGGACACAGUACAUAGUUUUCUUGUUCUUAGUAAAAGCAAUAAAUAUUAACGCAUCAAUGCUAAUAGCAAUGUAUCAAAAAGAGAUAAUGUGGUCAUGAUGAUUAGAUUUGCACUAAUAAAUGCUCUUAAUAUUGUUCCCCUUGUCAAAAGUUGGUUCAAAGAACAUUAUCAUGCGGACAUAAGAUUGAGGUGAGAUGUCAUGAUGCUGAUCAUAUAGUUUAAAAUUCCAAAUGUUUCUCGUAAUGUCAAAAACCAAGAAAAUGUGGACAUCAAUCAGCCUGCAAGAGUUAUUGUUAUGAACCUUGUUCUCCCUGUCUAUUUAUGAUUAAAAAAAAACUCGGCUGUGGACAUACAAUAGAAGUAGAAUGCAAUAAAGAAAAUUAAUAACAUUAAUGUAAAGCAAAGUGUGAAAAAAAAAGGCCAUGUAAACAUGAUUAAGAAUGCAAAAAUUUAUGUUUUGAUGUUUGUUCUCCUUGUAAAGAAGUUAUUAAUCACACUUUCAAAUGUGGCCAUACUCAUAAAUUUGAAUGUCAUUCAAGUGAAAAGUCAAUAAAGAGUUUCAGCUGUACAGAACCAUGCAUAUUAAAAAGAUAGUGUGGUCAUACUGACCCUUGUUUAGCAAAAUGUUAUUAAAAGCAAUGCUCGCCUUGUUAAGAAUCGGUGAUAAAAUAACAUAAUUGUGGACAUAAAAUAUAAAUUAAGUGUUUUUAAUAAAAUCAAAAUUAACAAUGCUAAGAACCCUGCGAAAAAAUUCGAGAAUGUGGUCAUAUCUAUCCAUGUAAGUAAUUAUGCUAUGAAAAAUGCGAACCAUGCUUAUAGGAUGUUAUUAAACCUUUGGAUUGUGGUCAUCACCAUCUGAUUAAAUGUCAUUUAUCAAAUUAACGUAUUGUUUGUAAAGAAGAGUGCAUGAAAACUAGACAAUGUGGACAUUAGUAUCAAUGCACCAAUUUGUGCUAUUAAGAAUGUACACCCUGUAAAUAGAUAGUCAAGCUUAAAUUAAACUGUGGACAUAUGAUUGAUAUUGAAUGUUGUCAAUCUAAACUUGUUUAAUCAAAUUACGAUUGCAAACAACAAUGUAUCAAACGCAGAACUUGCGGUCAUGAAUUUCCUUGCUAUAAUAUGUGUUUCAAAAAAGAUGAAUGCACUCCUUGCCAAUUUAAGACUAAUAGGGCUUUAGAUUGCGGUCAUUACUUAUAAAUACCUUGUUUUUAAUAAAAUUAAAGAAUUAAAGCCUUAUGUGAUCAACCUUGUAAUAAAGUAAGACCUUGUGGCCAUAAAGUAACAUGCUUAAAAAAAUGUUAUGAGCCUUGCUCUCCAUGUAAUGAAAAAUGUGAGAUUAACCUACCUUGUGGUCAUACCAGACUCAUUUAUUGUUACUAAAAAGUGGAUUUAAACUUCUUGAAGGAACUUAAAUGCAUGUUCCCUUGCAACAAAAAACCUUUAUGCGGUCACAAUUAAAGUUGCUUAUAAAAGUGCUAUUAAUAAUGUGAUCCUUGUCAAGCAGAAGUUAAAAUAAUUCUAAAGUGUGGCCAUCUUUAGAAAGCUAAAUGCUCUGAAGAUCUAGCUAAUAUCGUAUGCGUUUAAAAUUGUAAGUUGAUGCUAAAUUGUGGUCAUCCUUGUAAGUCAUAAUGUGGAAAACCAUGUUCUAAUUGUGAAGAACCUUUCCUCAAAAUAUUCCCAGCAUGUCAUCACUAAAGAAUCGUCAAAUGCUAUGAGUAAACAUAGCAGUUGGUUUGCAUCCAUUAAGUGCAGUUUAUCUAUUCUUGUAAAAAACAUACAACUUAACUACCAUGUUUUCAAGCAACAUUAUUAAAACCAUAGUGCGAGAAAUGCAAAGACUGCAUUAUUUUCUGA